AUUUGUAAACAUGGCUGAUGUAGAUGAUUUGGAAUUAGCUGAAGAUAGUGUGAAUCAAAAUGCUUUUUUGGGAUUGAAUUACGAUAGUUAUGACAGCACAACAAAUGCAAAGACUGAAACUGAAGAUUUAAAAGAAAGUUCCCUUGACAAACUUGCUACUAAACUUUUGAAACAUAAUUUUAUUCUCACUGCUCUUGAAUUCCACACAGAACUAGUUGAGAGCGGGAGAGAAUUACCUAGACUUCGAGAUUAUUUUUCAAAUCCUGGGAAUUUUGAAAAACAUUUACAAGAGACUGACACUUCACCUGUGUUGCCAAGAACAUCCAGUGUGCAAACUUUUGACUCAUUAGAUUUUACAAGGUAUUCAGAUGAUGGUGAACGGCAGGUGGAUGAAAGAGUAGCAGUUUUAGAAUUUGAGCUACGAAAAGCAAAAGAAACCAUCAAAGCUCUUCGAACCAAUUUAACAGUAGCUACUGAAUCGGAUCCAAAUACUCCUACUUCUGCUUCAUCUAAGUCAAUUGCUCAAGAAACUGUAAAACCUCAUGAAAAAAGGGCAUUAAAUUUUUUAGUCAAUGAAUAUUUACUUUCCAAUUCCUAUAAGUUGACUUCCAUUACAUUUGCUGAUGAAAAUGAGGAUCAGGACUUUGAAGAUUGGGAUGACGUAGGAUUAAAUAUACCUAAGCCACCCAAUUUGCUUCAGUUAUAUAGAAACUACAGCCGAUAUAUCUAUUUGCGAAACGAAGUGGUCAAUAAAAGCGUCCAAACUGAAACAGUGUCUGUUAAUUCUAGUGAGGAAGAGAAUGUGUGUGCAAACGAAAAUUGUAUACAAGAAAAAACACAUUUAUCGGAUCAACUUUCCAGGCUAGUUGACAUAAAAGAUGAGUUGAUGAAAUGUACCAAUGAAAAUGAAAAGCUGGAAUCACAAGCAAAAACAUUGAAAAGAGAGCUGAAAAUGUUUAAAAUGAAUUCUAAUUCUGAGCUGGAUAGUGCAAGUGCUGUUUAUACAAUGAUUGCAGAUGACAAAAAAUCUUUGGAUUCAACAGAUGCUCAAGAAUAUGUGAUAGUCAGUAAACAAAUUAACAACAGCCCUGUAUCCAUAUCAGUAAAUGAUUCACUUAGCUUGGAUUCUGAAAAUCUGAGCCAACUCAAUGGGCAUGGCAAGAACUCCAAAAAUGUACUUAAAAAUGAGAGGAAUAUAUCACAAGAGUUUGCUAAAGCUUUGUUGAAUCUUUGCCAAUCUCAAAAAAUGUCUCAAGAAAACAGGUUAAUUAGUGAAGUGUCUGACAUCAUAAAUUCUAAAGACAACAUCGUUUUAAUGUUAUCCCGGUGCUUACCUCAUGUGGUUCCCAACAUCCUUCUUGCAAAACGAGAGGAAUUGAUUCCUUUAAUAUUGUGUGCGACAGCUUUACACCCUGAUUCUAAAGAAAGAGACAAAUUACUGAAUAUAUUAUUCAACCUCAUUAAAAGACCUGAUGAAGAUCAAAGACAAAUGAUUUUAACAGGACUGGUAGCAAUUGCACAACAUUUAGGUCCAUCCAGAGUGGAGGGUGAACUUCUGCCUCAGUGUUGGGAACAAAUAACCCACAAAUAUGUCGAAAGGAGGCUGUUAGUAGCAGAGUCGUGUGGCGUUUUAGCACCAUAUGUUAUGAGUGGAAUACGUAGCUCUCUUCUACUUUCAAUGCUACAGCAAAUGUUACAUGAAGAUAAAGAUGAAUUAGUUAGAGAGACUGUGGUUAAAAACUUAGCAUUAUUACUUCUGUAUGUUGAAGAUUGUGAUAAAUUUUGUAAAGCUUCUGAAUUUCUGUUUUUGUCAUUAGAAGACAGAAGCGUCAGUGUGAUUGAUUCUGGUCUUAAUGUAUUGCUUCCCUCUAUAGCAGUUUGGGCUUUAGAACUAAGGCAGUUGGAAUCUCAUCUUCUACCUGCUCUGAUGAAAGUUUUAGACAAUCAUUUUAAGAUUUUAAGUGAUACCUCUUUGCCUUCUGUCUCAGGCUCCAUUCAAAAUGAAGAACAGCAGUGUGUAUUGCUAGUGAAGGCAAUUUCAACUCUGUUGCCAUUUCUUCUUAUAUCUGUUAUAAAAUCAGGUCCUUUCUCUGAUGAUGUUGAGAGCUGUUUUAAAUCUGCUUCUGAAUUUGAUGUUGAUCGUCUACCUGGGUUCCCAAGCAUUUUACAAGAUCCAUCUGUGAUACUGGGCAAUGGCGAAGAGCUUUUAAGUUUUGUGAAAGCUUUUGAUAAAUAUAUUAAUUCAGAGUGGUAUAAGCCCUGGGAAGAACACGAUUGGAUUGUGAACUCUAUGCUUCCUUGGCUACAUGGAAUUUUUGGAUAUGUAAAUGCGCAAAGGCAAAUGACGGUACAUGCGUUAGUUGAACUAAUGCUUAAUUUCUGCCAUCUGUUCGGCCGACCAUUUACUCAAAAAAGGUUAAAACCUUCUUUUCUGUCAAGACUUUCAAUUGAUAAAGAAGAAAAGGUUUCAGGCAUAACGUCUUCACGAUCAGCAUAUCAGGAUGCAACGGUACCUGUUUAUAUUGCUGGUUUGCUUGCUGUAUUUCAUCAGGCUGAAGAAAGACAAGAAUUGAUGGAGUUUCUGCAAGACUUACUUUGUACAGUAUCACUUUAUAACUUACCAGAUUGCAGUCUUAAAACAACUAUUGUUGAAUUAAGCUCAAACAAAGCAAAUCAUGAGCUGCUUUUGUCCGUCCUAUGGGAUGGUGUUGUUCAUAAUUCAUCCCUUGUACGAGUUACGGCUGGUCGACUGUUUGAGCCAUUAGUUGGAGUUGUUAGUGAAGGGUUAUUACGAACUAGAGUUACCCCAGCUCUUGUUACUCUUGCAUCUGACCCAGAAAUAGUUGUAAGAAUUGCUACUGUUCCUGCUUUAGGUGCAAUAAUGGAACUCAGUUCUCAAAAAGAUCUUUUAGAAAAAGUUCAUCUACAACUACAGACCUUUUUAGAUGAUCCUAUGUAUUGGGAUCAACAUUUGUUGCAUGUGGAAGUUAUCAAAACAUUUGCAAAAGUUGGUCCAAACACAGAGCCCAAGUUCAGAGAUGAAUUUGUUCUGCCCCGUUUAGCUGCACUAGCUGCAAAAAAUAAUAGCACAACAAAUGAAACCAAGAAGAUGGAUAUUGCUUUAGCUCUUUUAGAAGCAUAUACAGCUAUGUCAUGUUGUUUUAUGAGUGAUCAGUUAAUUGCAGAAGCCUUUCUGCCCGGACUAAGGUGUCUGAAAGCUGAUUUUCAAGUAAUUGCUCUCGAAUAUGAAGAUGCUGUGAACAAUAUGAUUCAAGAGUUUGAAACAAAACUUGAUCUUGGAAGAUCAAUUGAUAGCCGUCCAGCUUCGUUAUCAAUUUCUUCUCCUAGCAGUAUGGAAGACAUGAAGAACAGGGUGACAAAAAUGUUUACCACACGGCCUACUGGUUCAAGGCCUAAUAUUCCAAAUUUGUUUCAAAUCCGCAGAGGGAAAUAGUUCUCUUUUAAAACAUUUUACAUGUUAUUUAGAAACUACAUUUUACAUAUUUUAUUUGUUCUCCUUAAAUAGUUUAAAGAUUUUAUGUAUGCAAUGGUUAAUGUUUCUUAUUUCUAUUGAAAUAUUGUAAGAUCUGUUAUUUUGAUUAUUUAUUUUAAAGAAUUUAUACUUGUAUGGUUUGUGAUCUGUGUAGGCUUAUUUUAUUUGAGAUGAGAAGUGUUAUGUGUAACUUGAUUGAGAUGUGCAGAAUAUUUUUUAAAACAAUGUUGUGAUACUUAUUUUUGAAGUGGAAAUUAUUGUUAAAGAUAUGGUUUUCAUUGAAUUUUUUAUUUACUUACUCGGAAAUAAAAGAGAAGAUAACUCUAUUGUACAAUAUUGGAAUAUAAUUUUCAAUAAUGUAGAAAAAUUCAUAUAUAUAUUUUUUCCUGCCUCAUUAAAUACUGCAUGACUUUAGUUAUUUGAUUUGAUACAGUUAUUUGAUUCGUAUAAAACCAUCGUUAUCCACAAUCUGAAUAAAAUUUUUAGAGCAAGCUAUUAAGUCCUAUUUCUCUAAAGGUUGUAUAUAAUAACAUGUAAAUAUAAUUAUAAUGCUGCUUAUAAAUAUAUAUUGUUGGGAUCUGUGAUAAAUAGUGGUUAGGUAUAGCUUUAGAACAAUGUGAAUCAAUUAUUUUUCAUUAUAUUAUUAUAGAAGCUGCGACUUCAAGUGGCUAAUCAAUGUGAUCGAAGAUCGAACUUAGGUUGCCCUACCCUCAUAGAGUUUUCUCAACAUGAUGGUAUAGGGCUGUCUAAGCAAAAGUGGUCCAAUCAUAGUGUUGCCAUGAUUUGAACUUCUAACAGUUGAGUAAUUCUGUGGAUUAUCUGCAAAUUUUUACAAUUAAAAGUAGACAUAAACUUCCCGCAAAUAAUGCUUAUUCAGCUCAAAAUUCAACAUUUUUGCAGGAAAAAGAUUAUGUGAUAACCUUACAAAAUUAUGCAGAGAUUUUUCAGAUCUCUGCAAAAUCCCUUCUUUAAUUUGAAGAUACCUGCAGAAAAUCUGAAGAGUUACUCAAUUAUCUAAACUUCAAAUCAUAACGACCCUAUGAUUGGAUCAUCUUUGCUUAGGCAACCCUAUACCAUCGUGUUUGUAAUAUUUUAUGAAUAACUUAUAAGGAACUCAAUGAGGAUAGGUCAAUCUAAGUCGGAUCUUGUACUAAUGGAAAAGUCUGAAAUUUUACAUUAAUGAGGAAUAGCUUAAAAGCGGGACAAUUUUCAUCAGAAUGCUAAUGGUAUAGGAAUUGUCAUAUGGUGUAUAACUUCAGUUUUGGAAAUUUAACUUCUAAAAUUUAAAAAAAGUAAUUAAUGUAUUGGUUUUAUGGAAUGACCAGCACAUUUUAAAAAUGUUUUUAAUGUGCAAGGAUGCAAGAUUCUUUACUGUUAACUGAAUUUUAAUACCAAUAAAGGCAAUGAAGUUAGCACUUAAAAAAUUCAUUCUUUACUUGUGUGCCAUUUUAAUUUUCAACUUUAUCAUGUGCUCAAAAAAUAGCCAUUGUCACUAUUUAAUGUAUACCUUUCAUUGCUGUUUCAUGGAAGUUAAUAUCGGUUACUAAUUUUUCAAAAUAAUAUAAUAAUUGUGCAUAGAAUUGUUUUUCAUGAGUUGAGAAGUAUUUAAUAUUUAGCAAAAGGUGUUGUAUCAAAUAAAAUUUAUACAUUCCCUUAUGGUCAGUACAUUUUCGUUUUUCUAGUGCUAAAUAUUAAAACAGAAGGAACAUUUGAAAAAAAAAAAAAGAGAGAAAGAUUUUUUUAGAGUCUUAACUGUAGCUUAUUUCAUUAAUUAUGAUUUUUUUUGUACGUAAGCCAUUUUGUUUUGUGAUGAAUUUUUUACAGUAUUGCAAUAGAGAAGAGUGUCAGCAUAUAUUUUUUAAUUAUUCAUAUAUUUGUAAAUAAUGUACUACUUUUACCAGUCCCUUCAUUCCAUGAAAGUAAUUUUAUAGUUGAUAUUUAUUACACUUGUG